ACAAAGAGGCAGCUGUCUGUUCUGCUUCAGGUUCGUUUUUAAGCUUGUUGGAUUUCCCUUUCCUUCAUUCGUGCUUAGGGCUUCAUUCGUCCAGGUACGUUUCACUAAACAAGCGGACCGGAGGGGAGGGAGGGAAGCGGACCGGAGAACUGGUUGCUGGAGACGUUGAGGUAGACGAGGCGGUUACAAGCGGAGAGUGUGUGAGCAAUGUCGUCGAAGUAUUUGUUGGCGGAGAGGUCUAGAUACUGGAGGGAGGAACACUCACCGAAGGAAGAAAUCGCCACGGAGAAGUUGUUGGAGGAGAGGUCCAAGUACUGAAGAGAAGCGGCAGCGGAGAAGUCGCUUUCGCUAGAGAUUUUGUUUCCUUUCAGCACCAGGUGGUUGAGGUCGGGGUUGAGGAGCCACGGGAUGAGUGUCGGCCCUGAAAUCUUGUUGUAGGAGAAAUCCGCCACGCCGAGGUUGAGCUUCCAGCGCGGUGAGUCGAACUCGAGGAGGUUGCUGGAGAAAAAUGACAUGUCGGAGAGGGAACUGGAGAGUGCAUUUUGCGACAGAUCUAUGGCGGACAAUGAGGAGGCGCAGUUGGAAUGGGAGGGAGGGAGGGAAAGCGAACCGGUUAGGUUGGUGGAUUUGAGGGAGAUGAACUGGAGGUGGUCGAGGGUGAGGAGGUAGGUUGUUACGAUGGUGAGGUCGGUGCUGAGUGGGAUGGAGGUGAGGUCUAUGGAAGUGAGGUGGGUCUGGUUGCAGGUGAUUCGGGUGAAGGUACAGGGGUUUUGGUUUGGGAGCCAGUUGGAUAAUUUCUUUAAUCUAAGCUUCCCCUUUAUCACUCUCCAUGCUAUCUCCUUAAAUGAAUAUCAUAUCUCUAGACUCUAACUCAUCAUGUAUAAAUGAAUAAUGUAUCAUAGUAAACAAAAGAAAUUUAAACCAUGCAUGUUAUUAUUAUUUGCAGAUGGGGAAACAUUGAAUUUCCAAUGCCAUUUGGAAGAGUUAUGAGUACCACAGAGUCUUUCAUUCAUGGAUUAGAUGAAAAGACAAGUGCAUCUUUAAAAUUCACGGUGUUAAACCCAAAUGGCCGAAUUUGGACAAUGGUAGCUAGGGGAGGUGCUAGUGUCAUCUAUGCUGAUACGGUAGGAGAUCUUGGUUAUGCUCCUGAGCUUGGAAAUUAUGCAGAGUAUAGUGGUGCACCCAAGGAAGAUGAAGUCUUGCAGCAUGCCAGAGUUGUGAUUGAUUGUGCAACUUUAGACCCUGAUGGCCAAAAGCGAGCCCUUGUGAUAGGGGGACGAAUAGCUAACUUUACCGAUGUUGCUGCUACAUUCAGCGGCAUAAUUCGUGCUCUGAAGGAGAAGAUGCAGAGAAAUGGAUGUGUUGCUGCAGUGCUACUUUUUGAUAAAUUCUAUGAAUGGCCUAUUUAUUGGACGUUGUUGAUGUGUUCGUUGAGAAAAAAUUGAAAUGGAUGCGAUUUUGAGGUUCUGUUUGCCGGGGCUAAGACAUGCAAAUGGAUGCGAGGUUUAGUUGCGUUGAUUGAUGUAAUCUUGGUUUUUUUUAUUAUGAUUGUUAUAUUACAUAUCCUGUAUUUUGCCAACACUUCUAAUUCUAUUGCAAGUGAUUAAUGCAAGAUGAAUUUCAUUUUA